AUAGAGGAAAACGAAGGGAAAUGCUGCGCAUCUCGCUCAUGUCGCGACGCCUUGACGCCCUCCGAUUCCUCACCAGCCACAACCUUGCACAACUAAAGUCCCUUGUGCCGCGUCCAAGCCCCACCAACCCUCGAACAACACGCCCGACCUCGACUCUUGACAUCCCUCCGUCAAACCACCAAAGCCCUGCAGCUACAACACACAUCAACACCAUAUCAGCCAUGCCCAAGCCCGAUAAACACGCCGCGGCAUCUCAAGCCGUCGACAUUCUCGAGGAAAUUUCUGCCAUGCUGAACUGCCAUAUGGAUCGCCGCAUGCUUUCCACUUGCAUCUCAUUAAUCGAGCAGGGCGUCCAUCCGGAAUCUCUCGUCCAAGUCAUCAAGGAGCUGCGUGAGAUUGCCGACGAGACGAGGCGGGAGCAGCAGGAGGCUGCGGCGGCGAAUAGUCGGUGA